CUCUUUAAAUGAUUAAAGAUAAUGGACAAAUUAGUUACUUCAACCUGAACACAGUAGGAGUCUAAGAUAUUGUUAAAUGCCAAGUUUUUUCAACUCUUUUGUAAGUCACUCUUGAUUAAAGAUUAUGAUAAGUCACACCUUUACAAAAGCCCUACUUACUUACGUAAAUUAGUUCCUUUUCUUAAGUUGCCUUAAAUGAAUGUGAAGCUUAUUAAACAUCACAAAUGGACAUCACUGUUUUAUUUGAGCUUUGCUAUAAUGAUGCUUCAAAGGAGCUAUCUUGCUGUUCUAAAAAGAUCAAAAGAAAAAAAUUAUCCAUGCUAAAGAAAUGUUUAAGUAGUUCUAAACAAUAGAUGGGAUUAGAAGGCUUAUACAAAGCUUUAUCCUUAAUGUGACUCAUUUAAAAGACUGAACUCAUCACUCACUGAAGUAGUUUCCAUUCAGUCUGUAAAAUAUAUAAAGUGGGCACAGAUGGAGAACAUGUUAAUUUACACCUGAAAAGCUUAGAGUUUGAAAACUGCUUACCUUAUAUGAAAGCGUUAAGUAAGUAAGAAUGUGUAUUUCAUCAUAUAUGUUAAUACUCUCUCUUUUUUCUCAAGGUUUUCUAAUCUCAGUUUCAAAAUCUCUGCAAAAAGCAGAAGAUGAAGAUAUGUUGCUAACUGCAUUCAAUCUAGGAAAAACCCUUCGAAAUGGAGAUAGAACUGAAAAGAGAGGAGCAAUGCCUUUGCUGAAACGUUAUAAGAUUGAGGAAAGCUUCUUGGAUGAAGACAAUGACAGAAAAUUAAAGUUUUUUGACACUGAUUCCAGACAUGAUUUCUUAAAUCAUGGUGUACCAAUCAGUGCAGGCAGAAAGCAACUACCUUAUCUUGCACUGAAGGGAGCCAUUGCUUUUCCAGCUGACACUGAAAUUCAGAAUAUUGAAUCACUACAGGAAAGAGAGACAGCGGAAGAAGAAAAUUCAGCCAAAUUCCCCAUAGGAAGGAGAGAUUUUCACAGUAAGUACAUUUUAUUUUUUCUCUCUUCUUUUUUUCAGAUUAAUUAUGGUACAGUAUAUUUCAGUGUCUCUGAAACCAUUUCUUAAAAGCACAGUUAGAAACUCCAUUUAAUAUCUGGGAUUUGUUAGUGCUAUUUAAAUCCUGCAUUUCCAACUUGCCUCUAUUGUAAAUAGUCUGGGUGAUGGGGAUGUAAGCAUUUGUAGGCCAUACAGAAUU